AUGGUAGGACUCGGGACUGCAGUGGGGGAAGUGCAGGAUGCCGGCAGUUCUGAAGGCAGCGAAUCCGGAGACUCUCAUGAGAAGCCCGCGGGCAAGAAGAAGAGUCAUGACCAGAACAACGAGAGCGAUGCGUCGGACAGUGGUGGGUUUUUCAGUGGAGGAUCCGAAGACGGUGACGGCGGCACAAAUGGCAACGAAAGCGACAACAACAGCAACAACAAUCCUGGAGGUCGCGAGAAUGACGAUGAUGAUGAGGAUGAGUCAGGUGAAGAAGAAGACGAUUCAGAAGAUGACGACAGCGAGGACGACGAUAGUGAUGAAUGA